AUGUCUGACACUGAAGAGGUGGUGGAAGAAUACGAGGAGGACCAGGAAGGAUUGGAAACUGACCCACUCUUCUCUCUCCUUUUGCUGCCCUGCCUUCUCUUCGGAGCAGAAGCUGUGGAAGAGCAGGAGGCAGCGGAAGAGGAGGCUGACGGUGGGGCUGGGGCUGAGGAUGAGACGGAGGAGGCUAAGGCAGAAGAGGAUGGAGAAGAAGAAGAAGGCAGAGAGGCUGAAGAUGGACCAGUUGAGGAGUCUAAGCCCAAGCCCCGGCUGUUCAUGCCCAACCUGGUGCCACCCAAGAUCCCUGAUGGAGAAAGAGUGGACUUUGAUGACAUCCAUCGGAAGCGCAUGGAGAAGGACCUGAACGAGCUGCAGACGCUGAUCGAGGCCCACUUCGAGAACAGGAAGAAGGAAGAGGAGGAGCUCAUCUCUCUCAAAGACAGGAUCGAGAAGAGGCGGGCCGAGAGGGCGGAGCAGCAGCGGAUCCGGAAUGAGCGGGAGAAGGAGCGGCAGAACCGCCUGGCUGAAGAGAGGGCCAGGAGGGAGGAGGAGGAGAACAGGAGGAAGGCCGAGGAUGAGGCCCGGAAGAAGAAGGCUCUGUCAAACAUGAUGCAUUUUGGAGGCUACAUCCAGAAGACAGAGCGGAAGAGUGGGAAGAGGCAGACAGAGAGGGAAAAGAAAAAGAAGAUUCUGGCCGAGAGGAGGAAGGUAUUGGCCAUCGACCACCUGAAUGAAGACCAGCUGAGGGAGAAGGCCAAGGAACUGUGGCAGAGCAUCUAUGACCUGGAGGCCGAGAAGUUCGAUCUGCAGGAGAAAUUCAAACAGCAGAAAUACGAAAUCAAUGUUCUCCGGAACAGGAUCAAUGACAACCAGAAAGUCUCCAAGACCCGCGGGAAAGCCAAAGUCACUGGGCGUUGGAAAUAGAGGCUGAGCCUUCUUUGACAAAAACCUGCUCCUUGCUGUGUCCCUGCCCUGCACACCCCUAGCUGCUGGGCCCUCCUGGGCACCUAGAGUGACUCCUGCCUGGAACCCAGGAGCUCACCCAGCUGGAAGUCAGCACUCCUGCCUGUCCCCAUGCCUACACCACACCAGGAAUAAAAAGGUGUUGCACAGUGCACACACUGAA